CAAUUAUAUCCUCCAAUAGGCUGGGCGAUAGGGGUAGCGGCUUCUGGCUCUGGGGCUAGAAAAGAGCUUCAAUGCCGGCGGCAGUGAUGAAGUCUAGAAGCCGGCUGAGUGAAGGCUGCUGCUGGUGGGCUCUUUGCAGAUGUUUUGCUGUCCUUGACCAUUCACCCAUUUGAAAACACCAGGCAAGCUCAACCAUCAGUAUGUCCAAGUACAAACUUAUUAUGUUAAGACAUGGAGAGGGUGCUUGGAAUAAGGAGAACCGUUUUUGUAGCUGGGUGGAUCAGAAACUUAAUGAUGAAGGAAUGGAGGAAGCUCGAAACUGUGGGAAACAACUCAAAGCUCUAAACUUUGAGUUUGAUCUAGUAUUCACAUCUGUUCUUAAUCGGUCCAUUCACACAGCUUGGUUGAUCUUGGAAGAGCUAGGGCAGGAAUGGGUGCCUGUGGAAAGCUCUUGGCGUCUCAAUGAGCGUCACUAUGGGGCCUUAAUUGGGCUCAACAGGGAGAAAAUGGCUUUGAAUCAUGGUGAGGAGCAAGUGAAGAUCUGGAGAAGAAGCUACAAUGUGACCCCGCCUGCCAUCGAGGAGUCGCAUCCCUACUACCGUGAGAUCUAUAAUGACCGAAGAUACAAAGUGUGUGACGUUCCCUUGGAUCAGCUGCCACGGUCUGAAAGCCUGAAGGAUGUUCUGGAGAGACUGCUUCCCUACUGGAAUGAGAGGAUUGCUCCUGAAGUUUUAAGUGGCAAAACUGUUCUGAUAUCUGCUCAUGGAAAUAGCAGCAGGGCACUCCUAAAACAUCUCGAAGGUAUCUCAGAUGAAGAUAUUAUCAAUGUAACUCUGCCUACUGGAGUCCCCAUUCUGCUAGAACUGGAUGAAAACCUGCAUGCUAUUGGGCCCCACCAGUUCCUGGGUGAUCAAGAGGCUAUCCAAGCAGCCAUCAAGAAAGUAGAGGAUCAAGGAAAAGUGAAACAGGUUGAAAAAUAAAGUCUUUCUCAAGUGCCAACUAGGAGUAUAUCCUAAAGGAGUAGCACGUAGUGUGUUUGGGUGCUGACCUCUUUAUUUUUUUUGUAAAUUUUUUACAUUUUUCCAUAGCUAGCCUGUGGGUUAGUUUGUAUAAAUACCUAGAUUAUUUGGCCCAAAUAGGGCCUAAGUACUUAUGUUGCAAGUCUUAUGAACUAGCUUUCUUGCUGGCCCUAUUUGAAUUAGUUACCAAGCUAGUAGCCAGUGGAGUUUACUUGUCAUAAAUGUUUGAACCAGAAUAGCAUAUAGGAAUGAACUUUAAGAUAGUCAUCAUUCAGUAAAUAAUUAUUGAGUCACCAGUGGCACGUGCUCUUCUAGUAAGUAGCUUAGUUUUCUAUUUAAUAAGACGUUUGGUAAUAAUAGUGAAACUAGGUAUUUGAAGAAAUAUUAGUACACUCUAGAUAACUAUUUAUUACUAGUCUUUUCCUUUAGGAAAAGGGAUGCUUUGUUAGUGAAAACCAGAGGCUCAUUAAAUGAGAAAGUCGUAGUUGGAUUCCUCUAAGAGCUAAUCACCAUCGUAAUGACACACCAACAAGUUCCUUAAUUCAUCUCUGGCCGAGAGACACCCUUUGUUUGCCAUUAAGCAGAAUUCUUUCUUUAACUCCUAGACUAAACAGCAGAUGAGCUGCAACUGUGGCACUAAUGUUUGGUUUUGGUUUUUAAGCUUUAAUCUUUGGGUACUUAAAAUUGGUUUAAAAAUAAUAAAGUCUGUUACUGAAAAUUA